UAUUCUAAUGUGGGUAUGUUUUACAGUGCUUUCUGCAAUCCUGCUGAUGUUGAGGCAUUUACAGAAGAGAAAAAAAAUUCUUUGCUUAUUAAACGUCAAGGUAAAGGGGCUGACUUUGUUCGUGCAGUGGAGGAGAUUAUUGAUAGCUAUGAGAAGACAAAGAAACAGGACCAAGAUGUUGAGUUCAACUCAGGUGAUGAAGGUACUGUGUCAAACACUGGGAAUUCAGAGGGUUCUGGUGGAAAAUCAUGGAUGAAUGGUCCAACACAUGAUCCUGUGAGGAUUUCCAGUUCUCAUUCGGAGUCCUUACAUGCUUCUAGGGAUAGCAACGAGUCAUGCAAGCACAUUGUUGUUCCUGUUUCUGCAAUGCAUAUAACUGAACUGCAGGAUAUGGAUACAGUAUCUGAGGAGCGUAUGGGAAAUUCACUGUUUCUUACUAACCUUCAAGAAACAAGUUUGAAGACCAAUACUGCGUCGGGAAAAAGAUCAAGAGAAACACAACUUCAAGGAUGUUUUGUGCAGAGGAGGGCACCAUCGGUUCGAAGGUCUAGAAGUUCAUUGAAGGUUGAUCCUUGCAAACUUCAAAGCUUUAUUAGGCCUUUUAAUGGUUGUAGCAAGACUACUGAAUUUGUAGCCCAUGCUGCUAGUUUUGAUGAACCCUUGACAAAUAAACGGAUCAGGAGAUCACUGAAUCCCAGUGUUCAGCAGGAUGUAGAUUCACCAGUCCGUUCUGCAGCUUUAGCUUCUAAUGGUAGUAGUGAGGACAAUAGUUCUGAAGUAGUUGCAACUAACUCUGAUACAAUUAGUUUGAAUGAAGGAAGCACAUUGGAAUCCAUCUGCAAAUUUGGACACCAUGAGAUUCUUGGAUGUUUGGAGAGAGAUGUGGAGUUGAAUGAAAGGCUUGAUCUCCAGAGUAAUACAGUUGUCCUUAAGAAGAGAAGAAAGCCAAAUAGAAAGCGAGUUAUUCAGGAUGCAGCAGAAUGUACUGCCAGACCUGACAAAGAGGCGAGUGUUGGGACUGAUAUAACUAUAUCUGUACAAAAUUCUCCUUGUGAGAAGUUAGAUGAGAGGUCAGGUAAAGGAGAUGGGGAUGAACACCUACCUUUAUUAAAGAGAGCUAGGGUUCGAAUGGGUAAACCAUCUAGAGAGGAGGAGGCUGAUAAUUCGAUGCACACAGAAGAGAAGCCUUCAGAGGAUGAAUUUGUUUGUAAGACAUCGAAAAAGGAGACGGAGCAUGACAACCCCAUGAACACAGAAAUGAAACCUUCGAAGGAGUUUCUUGUUAAUAAGGAGGUUGAUGAUUCCAUGCACACAGAAGAGAAGCCUUCAGAGGAUGGUUCUGUUUGUAAGACAUCAAAAAAGGAGAUGGAGCAUGACAACCCCAUGAACACAGAAAGGAAACCUACUAAGGAGGUUCUUGUUAAUAAUUCGGAGCAGAUUUCCGCUUCCACAUUUUGUUAUGAUAAUUGUUCUGUUGGUAAAACCUCAUUGGAGGCGAAGGGGACAGUGAGUAGUUUAUCACCUUUGAGAAAUUUCUCCCAUAUUACUGAGAAUGGAACCACAUUUUGGAAAGCUAGGAAAUAUCAAUGGUGUGGUGGGUCGUUGGAUGGGGAAGCCGCUUUACCUCCAUCUAAACGCCUUCAUCGGGCUCUGGAAGCUAUGUCUGCCAAUGCAGCUGAAGAUGAUCAAGCAGGCAGUGAAGCUCCAGUGGCCACAAAAAUGCUGUCUAGCAGCUCAUCUGAUUUGAGUCCUUGCCAUUUUAUUGACGGUAGUGACGUAAAGAAUGUCUUGGAAGGACAAAAUAUUAGUGAUACAUCCAGGUGUGCUGCCAGCUUUACCCCACCAACUAAUGAGGGACAGAUGGAAGCUUCUGAUAUGAAAGCUUCUGACCACAUUGUGAGAAGUUCCUCUAGCUCAAGACAAGGGGUUGUUGCCCAAGAACGGUUUAGUGAGGGUUUGAAUGUUGAAAUUUCCAAAGAUCUUGAAGAUUCACCUGUUGAUACUGAAAUUGUGAAACUGGAUGUUGAUGUUAGAAGUUCACAACCUUGUUCGUCUAACUUUGAUGAGAGGCAGGAUAGUUUUGUGUCUGGUCAAUUGGAUCAGCCUUCAUCUUCCACAGAAGAAAGUAAAAAUGUUAUUGUUGAUACAGGCAAACAGUGCUCUGAUUAUACCUUAGGUGAAGAGGGUUGUUCUCAUGCAGAUAAAACAGGUAAUGAGAAUUAUGGUAUUUGCCAGGAACCAGAUUCUAUCUCUGAGGCUAAAGAUAUGGGCAAUUUCUCAGCUCUGAAUGGCACUAAUCUGCUUCUCUCUGCUGCUGACUGUGGCUGUGGUGAGGAUAUGAAAUCUCUUAAAUCUCCAACAUAUGCUAACAACAGCAAUAAUGACAUGUGUGAGGCUGCGCAAGUAGUUAAACAUAAACAGACACAGGAGGGUUUAGAUGCUUCUCCUUGUUCGACACCAAUGAAAGUUUUAAUUGCUGCUGCGCAGGCUAAGAGACACUUGUCUAGAUCAUUCUCUCUUUCUGAUAAUCCUUUGGACAAUAAGGUCAUUGUGGAAGCUGUCUCAUUUUCAUCUCCAAGUAAUAGGUUUGAGUCUGCUGAGCAAGUGUCACCUUCCAAGACCUCGAGUUCUCAUGCUCAUGCUUUGGAUAAUAGAAUUGAUAUAUGUAACGGUACUGGAAGUCCUGAUGUUCUUCCACACCAUAAAAAACCUGAGCAUUUGCUAGAUGUGGAAGGAAAAGGGAAAUUCGAACCUACAUCUAAUAGGCAGAAUUCCUUCAGUAAAUGGAGUGUCCAUGCAGAAGUAAAUGCUGCACGGAAAUCUUUUGAGCUUAUGCUUGAAACGUUGUCAAGGACGAAGGAGAGUAUUGGUCGAGCAACACGCCUUGCAAUCGACUCUGCAAAAUAUGGCAUUGCCUUUGAGGUGGUGGAUAUUCUUGCACGGAAUUUGGAAAAUGAAUCAAGCUUGCACAGAAGAGUGGACCUGUUCUUCCUUGUGGAUUCUAUUACUCAGUAUUCUCGUGGCCAGAAAGGUGGUGUUGGGGAUGAAUACCUUUCAGCUGUUCAAGCAGCGCUUCCGCGUCUGUUGUCAGCAGCUGCUCCUGCUGGAAAUGCUGCAAGGGAAAACCGCAAGCAAUGUAUGAAGGUAUUGCGACUAUGGCUUGAACGGAAAACACUACCAGAAUCAAUUGUUCGCCACCAUAUGCGAGAACUUGAUUCUAUUGCUGAUGCAUCUGUUACUAGUGUCUUUGCUCGUCGGCCAUCAAGAUCUGAGAGGGCUUUAAAUGAUCCUGUCCGAGAAAUGGAGGGAAUGCUUGUUGAUGAGUAUGGAAGCAAUACUAGCUUUCAGCUGCCGGGUUUUAACAUGCCACAGAUGCUAAAAAAUGAAGAGGAAGAGAGUGAUUCGGAUGAGAAAAACUUUGAAGCUGUUACUCCUGAACAUGAGUCUGAAGUCCCUUUAGAGCAGGAAACAGCCUCCACAUCUCUUAAUGACAAGCAUCGACAUAUUUUGGAAGAUGUUGAUGGUGAGCUUGAAAUGGAAGACGUGGCUCCAUGUUGUGAAGUUGAAUUGAAUUCCAUCUAUGAAGGUGCAGGAGUUGAUGCCAUACAUACUUCACAUUGUCAAUUGGAUCAGCAUAUUCCCUUGCCCUUUGCCCCUCCACUUCCUGAAGAUGUACCACCAACUCCUCCCCCUCUGCCAACUUCCCCACCACCUGUGGCUCCUCCUCCACCUCAGCUCCCUCCCCCUCCAUUGGCCAUUCCUCGGGCCAUUACUGAUAAUGGUGAUUCCAGUCAUUACAGGGGUACACAUAACAUUCAAAACCACUACCAACAAUCUAUGGCUCAGCAUAGUGGCAGCAAUGGGAUGACCUUGGAUACGGUUCCUUACUUUGCUCCCAGAUAUAGUGAUCUUCCCAUUCCAAUACACAAACCUAGCUCUUCUUCUGGUUCCCGUGAUAGCCUUCCUGGCUCUCAUCCAUCUACUGUGCAGUCUGGGAAUAAUGUUCCACAGACAAAUGGUGCACCCAUGGAUAACAAGGCUUACCGUCUACUGCCUCCACCUCCCAUGUCAUCAAAUCAGUUUUCCUAUGUUCAGGGUGGUCAGAAUUCUCACUCUUGGAGGGAAACAUCAUGCUCUUCGUUCACAAAGAAAUUCCAAGUUGUUCCAGAUAUGAAUGGGGGAGACUUCUAUGCUGGUCGAGAUACAGUGAAAUUCUCACCACGUGAGAUUGGUGAUGGAGGCAGACUUUCUGCACCUGGUCAUCCAGGCUCUGCUUAUUUUGAUAAAGCUGAGGGGUCAUAUACGCCUGUUUCUUCCUUCUAUGGGCCACCACGUGAACCUGCAAGAAUUCCAAAUCGUGGGUGGGCUUUACCUCCCAGAGGAUUGAAUUAUAGGCAUUCUACACCUGUAAGACCUCCAGAAGUUCCAAACUUUUGGAGACCAAGAUGGUCAUCCCCAGGGAACUAUUAUCGAGGAGACGAUACAACACUGAUGGAUGGCAUGUUCAGCCUACGUCAUUGUACAUAUGUAUUUUAUCCUGGUUUCUGCAAAUGCAGAAGGCAGAUAGGCAGUCAUCGUGGAGAGUUUGGACAGCCGGCUUUGAAACCGUAUUCUUCAAAGAGUCUGAAAGAGUGUUGUCCCUUUGUAGCCAUCAUUGCUGGAAUGCCAAACUCGUUUUCCUCACUUUUUGCCUCGGUGAGAUUCAGGCGGUUACUUGCAUGGCCAAAGAGGGAGAUGGUGACCCUCUCAACUGGCAUCUUAUCCAAGGGGGGCGUCCCAGGAAGUGCAUUGGGGUAUUUCUGCAAACCAAAGGUUCAAGCUGCAGAAAAGAGUCUGAUGGGUUCUUCUCAAUCCGUUCAAGAUCACUGUAUCCAUGAAUUCACAGUUAAGGAUAGCAGAGGUCAGGACGUUGAUCUUAACAUUUACAAAGGGAAGGUUCUUCUUGUUGUUAAUGUUGCUUCCAAAUGUGGUCUUACGGACAGCAAUUACACGGAGUUGACAGAACUCUACAAUAAAUUCAAGGACAAAGGUUUGGAGAUAUUGGCAUUUCCAUGCAAUCAAUUCUUGAAUCAAGAGCCUGGCACAGGCCUCCAAGCAGAGAAUUUUGCUUGUACACGAUACAAGGCUGAGUAUCCAGUUUUCCAAAAGGUUUGCGUGAAUGGUCCAGAUACAACACCAGUCUACAAAUUUUUGAAGGCUAGUAAACCCGGAAGAACAUUUGGGUCAAGGAUCAAAUGGAACUUCACGAAGUUCCUAGUGGAUAAAGAAGGCCAUGUUAUCAGCCGGUAUUCACCUACAACUUCCCCAUUGUCCAUCGAGCAAGACAUCCAUAAAGCACUGGGGUUUGAAUGAGGCUUUACAGACAAGUUGGGUAUACAAUGAGUCAGAUACCCGUUAGGAAAUGAGAAAUGCAGAAUGACAUUGAUGUAUUUAAUUGUUUGCUGUUUUUUCAUGUAUGUAGUAACCUUGUGUUUGGUCUGUAUUGUUAUUUUUGUUAAGAUGUUUGAGUUCCAACGUGGCAAACACUUAGUAUCUAAGACUAAAAGGGUUUGAUGAAGUUUGUUGUCAUAAUCUCUUGUAAUUCGCUCCAACCUGUCAGGUAUAAACAGAAGUCUGGUCUAUAUCUGUGCCA